AUGAAUGCUUAAUUAGGAUUAAGUUUAUUAAGCAUGUAAAGAACAUAUUUACAAUCACAAUAACCAACUUUGAAUAAACAUCUUUUUUAAAAUCUAGUUGAACAUACUAAGAUGGAUUAUACAACUUUAUUACAAUUAGAACCAACAAUCCCAAUAUAUUUAAAAUAAUUGAAGAGAUGGUCUCCUCGUAAAGAAUUAUAUAAGCCAAAGAGAUCAUUAAGAAGUACUUCAAAUGAUGGAUAACGAACUAAAAGAGCAAAUAGUGUUUGUGAAAAUAAAUCAUUAGAUAAAAAAUAAGAACCAAUUGUUACUCAUAUAUAACCAUUGCCUUGCUUGAUAUAGAAGAAAUAAAAUAUAAAUAGUAAAGUUAAGAUGUUAAACCAAAAACCGAUAUUAGUACCUAAAUGUAAAUCUAAGUAAUAAUAUUGUGAUCAAAUGA